AAUGCUCUACGACCAGUACCUUUUUACAGAAAGCUGCAGCGAAGCCGACCACGCAAUCAAGCUCCAUGGCCCCAUUUUUGAGAACCUUUUUCGUGGCAGCGGCUGCAGGCUGGUCUGGGCCCAUGUCAUAUGAGCAAGGCAAAGGACUCGAACCUGGCCUUAAGGAUUGUUUCGAGCAGUGCAGGGACAACGCCGGAUUUUUGUAUCGCGGAACAUUCGAAGAAGGUCACCCUCUCCAAGUCAUAUUAUGACAAAAGAAAGAUGGUUGUAGUGAGCCUUCUACAUCUGAAGCGACAUAUAAAUUGCGUCCACCUCAGUUACCAGGAAGCAACCGAGUUCACGUUGCCGUUCGUGAUCUGUUGUGGUUUGAGAGCAGAUAUUUACACCAUUCGACUCGUGUCUGAGGAUUGGUGCGCCGUCGAGAAGUGUAAGGACUUGGAUAUUCCCUGCUGUGUCGCAGAAGUCAAAGAAGGCAAGAUCGUUUCAUAUAUCCAUCAUUUGAAAAGCUUGAAGGUAUGUGGAAAAAUAACCAUUUUACACUAGUUUAUAUUGACGAGAACUUUUUCUGGUUUAGAAAAUUUGUAUGAACCUGAAGGAUCAGUCCGCACAAAGCCGAGGGAAAAAGACGGGUAUGCACCGUUU